CACCCCGCUGCUGGGCGGGGGUCGGCGCGGUGAGCCGGGUGAGUCAGGCCUAGGGAGCGGCCCCGAGGCUGGCGCACCGGAGCUGCCGAAUCAGAUCCGCAAGGCCUCGGGGCCUGGCGAGCUGGACGGGCGUUGCCCAGGUGUAAAGCAGGGGGGCAGGCAGACCCGUCAGGUGUCUGAUCGGGUAUCUCUCUGCGGAUCGGCCUGCCGUGGUCUGGGGUCCAGGAGUGACGCUUGGCGCUUGUACAGCACUCUCCAGCCACUGAGCUCAAGGGACAGAUUGCAAGAAGACCCUCCUGUGGGUGUCAGUGGUGCACCAUCUGAGAAUAACAUUAUGCAAUGGAAUGCAGUUAUAUUUGGGCCAGAAGGUACCCCUUUUGAGGAUGGUACUUUUAAACUAAUAAUAGAAUUUUCAGAAGAAUACCCAAAUAAGCCUCCAACUGUUAGAUUUUUAUCAAAAAUGUUUCAUCCGAAUGUUUAUGCGGAUGGUAGCAUAUGUUUAGACAUCCUUCAGAAUCGCUGGAGUCCAACGUAUGAUGUUUCAUCUAUUUUAACUUCAAUUCAGUCUCUGCUUGAUGAACCUAAUCCAAACAGUCCUGCAAACAGUCAGGCAGCACAACUUUAUCAGGAAAACAAACGUGAAUAUGAGAAAAGAGUUUCAGCUAUUGUUGAGCAAAGCUGGAACGAUUCAUAAUAGAUGACUACUUUGUUAAUCUUCCUCUUCAUAAUCAUUGUGUACAAUUUAACACUCAGUAGAAAGGCUACCAGAAAUUUUAAGUGCCACAUGUUCUAAGGAUUUGCAUACAAACAUGUUUGCAAAAAAAUUAAGCCCUUCAGUUUAGAAACUUUAAAAGCUUGUGUAUCUUGAUUAAUGUACUUUUUAUUGCAUGGUAUGAACUAAGUUAUUGCUACAUAAAUUUGUAAUAUAUCCUGUUUGUAUUUUUUUUCCAAGUGUAUAAUGUUGAUGUGGAGUUUUCAUGAAAGAAUAUACACAUUUUGUAAAUCUGUACUUUUUCAAAUAUUGAAUGCCUUAUUUUUGAAUUCUUUAGAUUUUUAAAUUGGAGAAAAGCACUUAAAGUUUUUAUAUAUAAAUAUUACAUGUAAAACUGUUAAAUACAUAACCUCAGUGCAAGACAUUCUUUUGUUAAUUUCUUUUGUAUCUCUUUCAAAGGGCUUAGUUUUAGUGUUGAAUCUUUUUUCUCUUGAUAAAUGCUAAUAUUAUGCACUUUACAAAUAUGAGGAAAACUUUGCUGUGAUGUGUAACUCAUUAAUAGUCUUCAGUGGAGAUAUGUCUACCUACACUGGAGCUUAAUUUGGUCCUGUAAGUCUUCUUGCUCAUAUGUGGUAGGGAAGUAUCUGCCCUAUUUUACAGAUGGGGAAACUGAGGCACAGAUAAGUGACUCGUCUAAAGUCACACUGCAGUCAGUGGUACAGCUGCAACCAGAACCCAUAUCAUCUGACUCUGUCCUGCGUUUUGGCCUGUAGGCCAUCCUUUUUCUCACUAAUACAAGCUUUAUUAGUAUCACUGUUGCAUACAUGUAUAAGGUGCUUAAUAGCUUGUCACAUGCAGGGAAAGUAUUAAUGACUUAACAAGUCUUUCACAUCUUAUAUUAACACAUGAAAUAGGUUUACUAUAACUUGAUCUCUGAUCAUCCAGAAUUGCGUAAUUCCUAAACAAGAGGUCUUGUGUAUUACUGUACAAGUUGAUACAUAAUAGGAUAAUAAUAUUAUUAUUUACUCUUCCUUAAAUUGUGUGUAUGGGAUUUUCUGAAUUUUAUCUAUCAUGUAUCACAUACUGUUACUGAGAUGUAUUUUUGAUGUUUAUUUUCUAAUUGUAGCCAAACAGUUGGCUCUCUUACCCAUUCCACCUAGAAAACAAACUCCUGCAAGACACAAUGUUUUCAGAGAACCGCAUUUUAAAUGUGACUGUAAAAGUGAUAUCAUCUAGUUCCGUGGCUAUUUCUCAGAGACUCGAGAUCAAAUUUGUUUAGUUUACAAUUAAUGUCAGGUGGGGUUUUUCUAACUGCCACUUUAAUAACUUCUCCAUGCAAUCGGAAAGUUAGGUUGGGUCCUAGUAAUAUCACGUCAUCUGUAAUGAAGAUUGUACAGGCUCUAUUUUGUCCCCAGCGAUACACAUGCAAUCUCUUAGACUUCAGAUUGCAUCCUCCAUUACCUGUGUACAACCAUGCAAUCUCAACGGGGGUUGUACAAGUAUAAGGCAUGACAGAAACUGCAUUUCUAUCUUAGUUAACAGUUUUGCUGAGGAUGUACAAGCCAGCACAAACUUAUUUUUAUCAUUAAACUAAGGACUUGUCUACACAGGGAAGUAAGUGCAAAGUAAUCUAGGGUGUGAAUUUAGAGCACACUAGCUCUUGCCUACCAGCUACCUGUGUGGACACUUAUUGUGCAUUGAAUGCCUACAGGUAAUUUAGUGUAAGCUACUGUGCACAAAGACAUUUUUAGUGUGCAGUAAGAGUGUCUACUGGGGCAGUUAGUGCAGAGUAGUUAGUGUGCACCAGCUGCUAUGGCCUAUUUUUUUCCCAUGUAGACAAGCCCUUGGCAUACAUUGAAAAUACACAGGAUACCAAUGCAACAAAGGUGAUAUUAAUCACUUUGCCAAACUGCAUUUUAAGGACUAAUUUUAGGAUGUUGUGCAAAUGAAUAAUAAAAAGAGAGCAAGGUAAAUAUAUGCCAGUGUAUCGUUCAAUACUCUCCUUGAAAAAACAGACGUUUAAUUUGGCUCCAGUUUUUGAAACUGAAAGACUCUUUGAAAUGCUGGCAGGUAAAAGCAAGUUCUGUCUUUAUUGAUACACUGAUGCAGUAAACAGUUGUAUUAUAAUUUUCCAUGAACUAUUUACCAACUUUUGCAUGUAUUGAUAUUCGAUUUCAAAACUGGAACUGAAACAGUAUAUGCCCAACAGAGAAACACCAUCCAAUUGAAUAUAGGACCUCACUUUGCUCAGCCAAUUACGGUACAUAAUGAAAAUAACUUUGUAUUGGUCAUCCUUAACAUUAUGUGCCUCCUUCCUUUCUCCAACCAUAGAUGAAAUGUAUUCAUCUAGAAUGUUAAUGAAGUCCUCCUCAUUGUCCUUUAAAUUCUCUUCUGUGAUGCAUAUAAAAAAAUUUGCAAUGGUUAGGCAGCUGGUUGAUUCUGACUGCUGCUGCUUAUACUGACCUGUGUUGUCUCACUGUUACCUUGAACUUCCCUCUCUACUGCAUCUGCCCACAGUCUCUCAUCUUGUGCUUAAGCUGUAAGCUCUUCAGGGCUGGGACUGUCUCUUUGUGUUUAUAUGGGGCCUGGCACAGUAGGGCUCAGAUCUAUGGCUGGAGCCCACUGGUGCUACCAUAAUAUAAAUAACAGAACCAUGGGAUGUUAAGAGAAGACUUAUACCUGAUCAUGGAUAAAUCUGAAAUGUCUCCACAUUGAAAAAACAUUGUCAAAUUACUGUUUCAAACAGCACAGCAUCUCACAAUGAUUGCCCUGCCAAUAAUAGGUGUUUUGAAGCUAUCAAUUCACAGGUAGGUAAUAAACCAAAGAAAUUUUCCCAUAAACUGAAGUUAUUUAUGAAGAUAAUGAUGGAGUGAAGUCACUGCCGCCAAAAGAUACUAAAGCAAGAGAAAGUGUUCCAGAGUGCUGAGGCAGCUGCUUUAUUUACUUUCAGAUGCAAAAUGAUCUGGAGAUCGCCACUUGUAGGUGAAAGGAUAGAAUGGGCUGUAAUUAAUUGUUUUGGGGGGAUGACAGUAGUUCUCUGCACAGUUGUUUCUGGAGAAUUUGGUGUACAGCAGGGAUAUUAGAAACUAAGCUCCUAAGACUGUGUAUAUUAAUUUUAAAUCUUUUGAAGAACAUAUUCCAUUAUGUUACUCUAAGAGCUGUUCAGAUGAGUAAUUUAUUAAUGUUACUUUCCUCGAUAGCCACAAGUUUAGCACUAUGUAUUUCAACUUCUUGAUAAAUAUAUGCUUUUAUUUAAAACUACUGGGAAUGCUUUGAAUUUUUCAUCCCCAGAAGCUCUUGAUACAAUCUGCUGUGUAAACAGAUUAUUUAUAGCCUUUGUAACUCAGGUGGCUGAUUUAAGAGAGAAUAUCAAAGAAAGAUGAAUGUACAGAAGUUGGAUUUUGUGCUAGCCCAUUGCAAAUAUAACCGUAGUUUUACUUUCUUUGACUACUCUCCAAACAUGGUCUUUAUCGUGUUUAGGGUAACAUUGCAUAACUAUGUGCAGUACUUGUGGACUGAGAUAUGGAAGUACAAGUGUCACUCUAGCAACUUUUAUAUUGGCAGAAAGUCCAAAUAAUUUAGGCCUGCUCAUACUACCACUGAAAGAGAGGUUUGUUGUUACAGAAGCAGAUUCUUAACACUUAGGAAAACUGGCCAGUUCCCAGGGGGAUUCAGGGUGGGCAAUAGGUAAUUUGAAGGGCUUUAGGGCACCAUAGUAGAGAUGAAGCUAGGUCUGUUUCUGCUGGAAGGAGGGGCUAGCUGAGGCCUCCUGCUUGAAGGGAAUCCCAUUCUUCCUUCCCCUCCCCUUCUUGGGGAUACUCCCUCUCCUCAGCCAACCUUCUGUGAGAUGCCUUUCCUUCCACCAACCUAGCAGAGGAAAAGUGGCACUGGUCUGCAGCAGCGAGCGAGGUGGGGGCUGGACAUUUCUUUACAUGGAAUGUGGAUCAGCUCUGGGAGGAAAAACAGGAUGGUUGCUGAGAGCAGGUAGGUGCUGUUUGGGGGUGAGAGGAAAUGAGGAUGGGUACUGUUCAAGUGGUCAUGACAGGGAUAGAAAGAUAAGGAAGUCCUUAUUUUUCAGAGGGAAGGAUGAAAUGGGGUGAAGGGCCGAAGACAAGUAUCUACCACCUCAGUGUACUUGUUCUUAGCCUAAGAAUCUUAGGGUGCUGAGUGGGGACAGCAGCUUUUCUUGGCUUGGGUAAAUAGAGUUCAUUACAACUUCCCCUCUCUGGCUGUCAAGUAUCAGAGGGGUAACCGUGUUAGUCUGGAUCUGUAAAAACAGCAAAGAGUCUUGUGGCACCUUAUAGACUAAUAGAUGUUUUGGAGCAUGAGCUUUCAUGGGUGAAUACCCACUUCGUCUGGCUGGUGCAGUGAGAGCUUCCCUUCCUCUGUCUACUGUAACUACUAUUUCUCCCCCCGCUUGGCUGCGAGAUCACUGCUCACAAUUGCUUGAAAUUGAUACUUCUGAAUUCUAAGAUGCGCAUUAGUACAAUGGUGGUGGUUUUCAAUCUUUUGGCAUCUUGUUUUAAAGGAAUAGUAAUUUGAAAGGAUGUAGAAUAAAGAUCUUUAAUUUUGUCCCAUUUCAAAGUCCUUCCCUGUUGCUAGUCUAAACUCACUGUAUCAACUUUAGUAACAACUUUUCAGCUGUAACUUUCUACAUUGCUACUGAAGCAUGAAAAAAAGGGAAAAUAUAUGAUUAUAACAAAAAACAUGAUUUUUUAAAAAGGUGGUCACAUGACUGUUAAAUAAUGCUGACCUCUAGUGGAAAAGUAAUAAAUAUACUCGACUGCAGGUUUCCCUUCUGAUAAGCCUGGUGCAAGAGUGAGUAAAUUAGGCAGAAACCUAUGGGAUCUCUAGGGAAGAAUAUUUUUGGGAAGCAACGUAUUCAGUUUCCAAAGUCCAGGACACACACUGUCUAGGUAGUUCUGCAACUCAAAGGUAAGCAGAACACUAGCCACUUAAUAAGAAAGUGAGUGCAAAUGAUACAAAUUAAAAAGUGCAUUUAUUUACAAAAAGCUGUAUGUGAAAGAUGGCUGCUACUCCUUAAUAAGAGUCUGCAAAGCAAUUGGGGAAAUGCAUACAAAGGGUACGUCCAUGCUACCCGCCCGGGUCGGCGGGUAGCGAUCGACUUCUCGGAGUUCGAUAUAUCGCGUCUCAUCUAGACGCGAUAUAU